AUGCUGGAGAAGAGACGCAAGGCACGGGACUCGAUUACAAGCAAGUCGUCUCCCGAGCUGCAUGCCGUUCCGAAGAAAUCCCGACUGAAAGCGCUCUUCCGCGGCAUCCUGCGCGUGCCCUCCAACAGUAAGCGAUACGAUUGCCAACCCGUUGCCGCCGUCCUGCCCUCACCGGACAAGGGGGUGGAUAAAAGCGUCGACCGGAGCGCCGCCAAUUCGAGUGUCAGCUCCAACAAGAGUAUCCCGACGGCCAUAAAGAACAACGAGAACCUUCGGCGACUACUGCAUGGCUCGACGGCGACACCUAUCGCUCAGACAUCCUAUACCAACUCGGAGUUCAACGAAUCACGCGACUCGCUGAGCAAGGAGCCGAGCAGCCUGAUGUCGGAUUACGGGAGCUCGCCGCUGACGGAGGGACUGUCGCGUUCGAUGUCGGCUCUAAAUAUCGGGGGCGGCGAAGGGCAAAAGCUGCGCGAUCUCUUCGUGCGCCGAGCCAAUAGCAUGAACACGCAGAACACGCCCGUCGCCCGGAUUCGCCAUUUGUCCGCACGCACCGAGCCGAUGAUUCCGGAGGUCGCCGAGAACGGCGCAUUCGAGAACUACGAGUUGCCGGUCGAAAGCCCCGCCGUGGAGCAGCUGCCGUAUGAUGGCGUCGGGAGCACUGAUGACCUUUUCAGCACAUCAAUCACCCCGCAUGCUGCCGAUAACAUGACGAGCUCAACCCCGAGCGAUGGGCCUUCAGUGCCGAACACCGUUCUCCAACGGAAUACAUCAACGGGGUCGAUGCUCGGGAAGAUAUCCGGAAGACUAAGGCCGCGCAGCGGGCACAACGCCACCACGAACACGCCGACCAGCAUUUAUGCGACGACCAGUCGUCAAGGUUCGUUCACGGCACCCGGCUCGAACAACGCAAGCAUGCUGUCCCGUCGCGAUACCAUGGACUCGCAGACCAAAGCCCCAACACAGAAGCGCCGUCGAUUCAGCAACGCCAGUUCGUACAAGAAUGGGCAACAGGCCACGGCAUCUGGCGCCCACUCCGAGGCCGUUGAGCGAGAGAAGCUCGCUCGUUUCCAAGCUCGUUGCAAGGUCUACGAGGGGCUGACUGCCAUGGUGGUGGACAACAGCGACGGGUUGUAUGCGAUCAUCAUUGACGCCACGAUGGACGGGAAGCCUUAUUCCAAGUUCUCGCGCGCCGUCACCAAGUACUUUUGCAUUGAGGCGUUGCUCGAGAAGGCCGUCGCCGAAGCUCGUCUCAAUCCGUUCGCCAAGGUCGCCGAGAUGAACCUACAGGAAAGUGGCAUUUAUUUCAUCGCGGCUCUCGUGCGUGAGCCUUGGGAUUUGACACAGCGGAACAGCGUGGUGCUUGCACGUUCCGGCUACAGCGCCACGAUCACACGUGGGAUCCAGCUUGGGCUGAAUGAAUUGAUGAUGGGCGCGUGCUUCUCGCAAAGUGAUGGGCUGGAGCGGGAUCUCGCGGAGGCCUUCUUGCGCACGGUUUUCUUCGAAAUAAACUCCAAUGAGCUCCAGCAACUCUACGUCAACGUUUUUGCGCGCAACACUGCCGACUUCGAGGUGCUGAUGGAAGUGCGGCAGAAGAUUGAACACGAGAAGGCCUGUCUCGUCCAGCGCUCCAACUCGCUCGGAAGCAACGCC